AAGAUAAAUGUAGUACACCUAACCUUCCUCGAAAAGCAGCUGAUAUGGAAAAUAUUGAUAGAAUACAUAAAAAGGAUAUGACUUUGGAACUCCCGCAAAAUCCAGAAGAUCAGGCUGAUGAAAAUGAAAAUCUAUUGACCAACGUUGAAGACGUAUGGGAUAAUAUGUGGACCAAUCGAUGGGAUGAAGAGGAGUUUGAGCAGUAUCUGGAAAAUAAAAGACAACGUAGAGAGUUAGUUCAGCAAUUGAAUGACGACUUCUAUAGAGAAAUAACCUUGAUGGCACAAAUGGAAUAUCAAUUACCACCAGAACUUGAGGAAGCAACCGAGAUGGAUAUUAAUAAUGAAUACUUAGUUGAUUCACCAAAAUGGUCCAAUGAUGAGCUGG